CCAUAGGUUUGGAUAAAAUGCUAAUCCCUUUGGCUUUCGUUUUGGUUUUCAUUCAAUUGGGAAAUGGAUUGAAGUUUUGCGAGAAAUUCAAAGAAAACAAUUACAAGAUAUCUUACGGUUACAGACAUAUGAUCUCAGAAGUGGACGCUUAUCGACAGUAUGUAGUGAUUGGACACGACUUCUGGUCAUUGAAACACACGGACAACGCGGACGACAAACUCAAGAGUGUGUCCAUCGAAGUGGAGAGUAGUGGACGCAGCGAUUGGUUUGGAGCCAACUAUUCAAUGGCUAUUUGUCUGUUGUUUAAUGGAAAGGAAAGCUCUGAAGCACAGGGAGAUCACGGCAUUACUGGACUCAUGAAGACGAACAGUAAAGACAUCGAUUGGGCUCUUCUGGACAAAGAUCUUAAAAUUAUCAAACGAUUGAAGAGAACGACUCUUCCCUACGAUAUGCCGGCGACUAUGGCUUGGGUUAUGAGUUACCAGAAGACUAAACCCGAGUAUCAAAACCUCAGACAUGUGCUCUUAUGGGACGGCUCUCAGAUUACGGGCCGUUUCUUCGGUGACGGAUAUGAUAAGCCAGAGAACAGCGAAGACGGAGACACUCGUUAUAAACUGUCCGGUCUUUACAAGAAAAUGCUUUUCAAUCGCAAAGUGAUUGCAGUCUUAGGUCAGAGAGCGGACGGACAGAAAGAUGACGACUCGUUGAUAGUUUUGUUUCAAUUUGAUCACCAAAUCAAGUAUUGUUACGCAGAUCUCAGUCUAGACAUAAUGCCAGAAGUGUGCGAAGACAAGAAUCUCAAGACACUUAUUGACUGCAAUCCUAAUCCUCCUCCGACUCCCACUCCAAGUGCCAGUCCUUCGCCGUCCCCUUUGAUUGCAUUAGUGAUACUCGUUAUCCUCAUUCUUGUCUUAGUUGUUGUCAUGUAUUUUGUCUAUAAGUGGUUCACAAAAGGCAAAACCGAUGACAAUUCUGGUCAACAGAGCAACGUUUCGGCAGUCAGUGACGCCCAGAGAUCCGCACUCGUCACACAGAAGAAGGGCACGAGUGUUGUCCCAAACCCGACGACUCCUACAAAAUAAUAAUCUUAUUAUUAUUUUCAUUCAAUUCUUAUUGUUUUUAAU